AUCCCUAAGCUCAUCUUCACCGACGGUACACAAACCCUAGCUCCCAUUAAAGACAAGUUAUUCUCCUCCCUUUCAUCCACUAACCGUGUCAACACGGAAGCCAUUUCCGGGUCCCUUCAGAUCUCACCUGAACACGCUCGCCUUGUCCUUGAAACCAUUGCCUGUGUUCUUCACUCAGACACUGACCCUCUUGUUACUGCUAAACCCUCAGAGAUUGGGUCUGUUGGUGUUAAUGUCUUUGAUUUGCUUGUGUUUUUGUAUAUUCAGAGUUAUAAGAGGUUGCUUCCUAAAGGACAUAAGGAUUCUGCUGCUGUUGCUGAUGUUUGGCCCUCCACUUCUGCUUUCGAUGGUUUCUUGUCUGCAUUGUCGCCAUUGCAGCUUGUACGUAGCAAUAGUCGACGAAAUAUGCCAUCACAGUCUGAUGAAGAGGCUCAUCAGUUAUCCUAUUUACAAAAGCACUUGGGGAACAUUCUGUCUCUGUUGUCGGAGUCAGUGGAAGGAGACAGCGAUGAAUCACUGGUUCUGUCUGCGGAGAAAUUUGACCAUCUUGGCUUUCUAUUCUAUUUUGGUGAAAAGGGAUCUGAGAGAAUCCCGUUGAGUCAGAAUGCCCCAUUUUUUGCCAAUUCAGAUCCAAACAUGCCAGCUGUUCCUGUUCCUGCAGCUCAAGUACAUGAUUGGCUACUACAAAAUAUAGCGUCUGCGUUGGAACGCCUAACUGAGAGGGCUUCUGCAAAGGAAAAUGGACCAACCAGUGCCACCGAUCAGGAUGUGCCAAUGGCUGAUGUCUCUGCAAGUUCAGUAAAGAGUUCAUUGAGUCCUAGAGGCCCAAAUUUCAUUGAGGGAAUCUCUAAAACAUCAUAUGUACGGAAGCCAAAUGAUCUUAAAGGCUCUUCUGUGAAGGUUGUCAAUUGCCAUGAAUCAGUCCUUUACAUUUUAGCACCUCUGAAAUAUGCUACAGUAUAUGGAUGCUCUGAUGCAACCAUUGUCCUGGGAGCUGUUGGCAAGGCGGUAAGAGUUGAGCACUGUGAACGCGUGCAUGUAAUAGCAGCGGCCAAACGUAUCUGUAUCGCCAACUGUCGUGAAUGUGUUUUUUUCCUGGGAGUGAAUCAAACACCACUUGUUGUUGGUGAUAACCAUAAAUUGCAGGUUGCUCCAUACAAUACUUUUUACCCACAACUGGAGGAGCACCUGAAUGGAGUUGGUAUCGACCCAGCCAUCAACAAAUGGGAUGAACCCGUGGCUCUUGGCGUUGUUGAUCCCCAUGAUUCACUCUCACAUCCUGCAGGUGUCUCUGAUGUUCAGACUGAGUCUGCCAGCCGUGUAGACCCUGAUCAGUUCACUAACUUUCUGAUCCCGAACUGGUCUGAAGGUGAGCAAUCUGGGUCAACAAAAGACAAUCCAUUCCCUUUACCUGAUGCUUACAUGCACAAGAACUUGGAGGAUCUUAAGCAGAUUUUGCAGGAAGCUGAGCUUGAAGAGAGCCGGAAAAAGGAAUUAACAACAGCUCUUCAUGCGUGCUUUAAAGACUGGUUAUAUGCUACAGGAAAUAUUCGACAAUUGUACUUUCUUCAUAAUGAGUAGAGUUCUACACAGAUCGUAAAGCAGUAUUGCAAGGAGUAGCAGAAACACUUGACUUUCCCUGCAGAUUUCAGUUUCAGCCAUGCAAGUUCCUCUUUUGCCAUUUCUUUUGGAGGCAGCUGAGAGUUCUAUUGCCUGUGCAGCUAUGAACAAGUUCACACUGUUGUACCUGUUGUGCAGAUUUUAGUUAGAAUGGCUUCUGUAUUGUAUUUCUUUCAAGCAAAAUGCAUUCUCAUGUACUAAUAUGGUAGCUUGUAUUUAGGUUCUCCAUUUUUCCCCACGUACUAGGUUCUGAAAUUUAGCAUUCUAUUUUAGCAUUUGUUUGCUAUGGCUGUUGGGUUCCUGUAUACAAAUAAGAGAUGCUGAAGAGAAGCCAGUAUUUUGUAGAACUGGUUGCAUUGGCCCUUAAAGAACCUGCAUUUGUUUCCCAGA